AGUCGAAAUUCCUUCAGUCAACGCAGACGAAACUAUGUCAAAAUUAAUUCUAAAUUUUGUGUAAAAAAAACAAACAACAGUACUACAAAUUUAUGUUUGCAAAUCCAUGUGCUCCCUUUAAUUCGUCGUGCAACAAUUGGAAUACGUGAUGGCAGAGAAGUCUGGUGAACCAUCUCCCAGUGAGGCCGACACAACUCCAUGUAACGAUGACAGACAAUCCAGCAACUGGUGGGAUAGCUGGAUCAGUUCUGCCAAAACAAAGUCAGCCGAAGUCUACACUAUGGUGAAGAAAGAUCUGGACGAAAUAGGGAGUGCCGUGAAGAGUGAAGCAACACACGUAUUCAGUACCACAUCAAACGUUAUAGGGAAAACUUUAAAGUUGGAUGUACCAGAGUCCCCAGCAAAUGUUAUGAAGAAAAGUUUCAGUACCUUCAUAGGUCAAGUAAGCACUGUAUUGAACCCGGAACCGGACGACGAAGAUGACACCGAGGUCAUACUAUCGUCUGGUGACACCACUAUGCUGUCUACUUACAAGAAAGAGUUGGAGGCGUUGCAGCGCGUGGACGCCACAUUCCUAGUGCCGGCGUGCAGCGGCGAGUUCGCGGCGUGGCGCGCCACCGUGGAGGGGGGGCAGGCGCUGGCCGCCGCCGCGUGCGUGCGCCGUCUGCGCGGCAGCCCGCUGCUGCGCGACCAGUACCGCCGCCUCGUGCCCGACGCCGUGUCGCACGACCACUUCUGGGAGCGGUAUUUAUUCCGUGUGGCGUUACUACAAGACCGUCUAGCGGCCGCUGCGAGGAAGCAACCGAUAGAAGAACAGAAACCCACCACCGACCCCGUCAUGGCACACCUGCCGCUACAGAUGCCGAUAGAACAGAGUCCUAAGAAAGUUCUGUCUGGUGUUGAGAGCGAGACAGCAACACCCACAUGCGAAACCCCUUCCCCAGAGAAAGUGUCAUUGAAGAAUCAACCUUAUGACAGUUCGGACGUGGACAGCGCCGUGGCCUGGGAAGACGAAGAUUUCGCAAACGACGUGGAACUCACUGAGGAACAACAAAUACUGCUGCUAGAAGAAUACGAGAAAGAGAUAGCGUCAAAGAAAACGAACAAGAAGACAGCGCGCGACGUGACCAAUAACAACGCGGACGCCACAAACAACCCACAGACCAUUGACAAUAUGAACAACAAGACCAUAGACAAUAAGAAAAUCACAGACAAGAAGAGCCGCUCGCCGAAGAAGACAAAAUCCGAUGACUGCGGAAACUUAGUAGAAGAUUACUUCGGCGAGAAAGAAGUCAAGGACGACGCUAGCGCCAAUUCCGAUGAGAGUUGGGAGAAGGAAUUUGAACUAGAAGAAUCUGAACAGAAGGUUUAAAUUUGUAUGCGCAAAUCCGGCCAUAGAAUUUUAAAGUGUUAAAUGUUAUCUGUAGUACAGAGAUAUAAGUUACAUUC